AUGUAUCUUAGCCCUUAUAGAGUAUUCGUUGACCAAUGGCGUAAAUCUCCUUCUAGUGAUGAUAUUCAAGGUGAUAGUAUUCUUGAUAAAGGGGCAUUUUAUGUCUGUCCUCUUGGUGCGGGCGUUCUUAUCUUUUCCUUAUUGGCUUCAUUAUUAUUACCAGCUGCAGAAGUUAUUAUGGUACCCAUUCAUCAAGAACAAUCUGAUUUUUAUCUAAAAGAGACACGGUUACUACUUUUUUUUUAUGGAAUAGAGGGAUUGAUUAUGUUUAUCUCGAAUCGAGCAUCCAAUCAAGCAGGAACCAACGUUAUUAUGUCGAUCUGUAUUCAUAAUUUGAUCAAAGAGGCAAUGAUGUAUAAUGAAUUAUCAUGCAACAAGAUGUAG